AUGAGGACCUGCAGUGGCCUCCUUCUCGCCGCCGUAGCCACCAUUGUUUGCGCCGUCGCCUCGCUCGCCGCCGCAGAUACCUGUCCAUGGAGAACGGUAGCUCACGUCGACGACCCGUUCAUCCAGAACCUCGGCAAGUGGGCGGUGGAGCAGCAGCACACCGUGCUCCGCUUCGACAAGGUGGAGAGCGCCAGGGCGCAGGAUGUCGGCGAGUGCACCAGUACGAACCGCAACUACGAGCUCAUCAUCGACGCGUCCAACCGCGCCGGCCCUGGGGACGACAAGUACAGGGCGGUGGUGUACGUGAUUGAAAAGAUCGAACCCCAAAAGGUUCUCUCCUUCGAGGCCGUCAUCAGGUCGCGGCCGCCGCCGGCCAACUGA